AUGGCCGCACUUGAAAACAACUCGAGCAUUCAGAACCUUUCUUUUCGAGAUCUGUCGACGAAUUCCAGCCAUGGCGAUCCGUGCAAGAACUCUGCACUUUUCUCAACAUCUGCGGUUUCCAUCGCCAUUGUUUCAUGUUAUGCACUGCUUAUACCUUUAACCGUGCUGGGAAAUGGGUCUGUAAUUGCUGCGUUUGUCUCCAACACCAGGUUAAGGACCACAACGAAUAUUUUUAUUGUUGGCCUGGCUGCCAGUGACAUACUAGUGGGAACGUUUGCAUUACCCUUCUGGACGUUUAUCGUAUCACAUGAAAAUAUCAUGGCCGGCUACUGUUUUUCAACGUACACAGUCUAUAUAAGCUUUGAUGUCUUUGCUGGUUGUGCCUCGAUUUUGCAACUGACGGCCAUCGCAAUUGAGCGUUUCUUUUCCAUGAAAUGGCCUUUAAUUCAUCGAAAAAUGCCUCAGUGGGUCUACUGCAUCAUAUUGACAUUGGCGUGGCUUUGCGCCACAGUUAUGGCUGUUCUGCAGCCCUUGCAAGUAAGAACAGAGCUCUGGAGACAAGCUUACACAGUGGCAUUAUUUGCUUUUUGCUUUUUCUUCCCGUUUGUGAUAAUUGUGUCGUGCUACUGUUAUAUUUUCAAAGUUACACGGUUUCAAGCACGAAGAAGACUGUCGAGUUGCUCGGAUUCUCAGCGUUGCGGGACCACACCGGGUGUAGCCAUUAAAGAGCUGAACGUCGCCAUUACAGUAGCGGUCAUCACUGGUCUAUUUUUAGCUGCAUGGUUGCCCUUCUUUUCUGUGACCGUGAUUGCAACCUUCUGCAUGACAUGUCUGCCGUCUGGUGCUGCUCUGUUGCACCUUGUGAAAUUUUUCAAAUUUCUACAGUACUCAAGUAGCGCUAUCAACCCUUAUAUAUACGCUUACAGAAAUCGGGAGAUGCGGGCGACUCUCGCAAAAAUUGCGGGCAAAAUAUUUCCAUGUGAUAUCUCGCGAGAUCGUGGACAAGAAACUUGUCAUCCAAACGCCAUGCCAAACAUCCUCUGAAGCAGUCCGCCACGGAGAACGUGCAAGCUAAUGGUCUGAACAGAUGUAAUUCUUGUUCUGAGAACAAUAACUCUUUUAAAAGGGCUAAAAACGUUCUUGAUGAAAAAAUUAAAGUGAGACAGAAGAAAAGGAACAAAAAGAAAACAGUUGUUAUAUAUGUAUAAACUAUUCUGAGCCUUUUCUCCGACUGACUGAUCCUAGUGAUAACCAAGUCGUUCCGUUGUAAAAAGUAUAAUUGGAAAGUAUACAUGUAUUUGAGUAUAUGCAUAAAUAGAGCUAUAAUUAUAAGUGCAUGAAUGCCCUAUAUACACUAGUCCGUGUGUAGUUUCGGAUUGAAUAUAUUAGUCUAAGAGAAAAGUAUGUUAUGGAAAAUAUAUUGACACUGGUAUGCGAGUUGUUUGUUUAAUAUAAUCAAUAAAUAUUCGUUUGCUUCAAUAUUUGACUUCGGCAUUUGAAAACUUUUGACAUGUUUACAGAAGAUUAAGCUUCAAAAAUGCUACAGCAGUUAUAAAAAGAAAUGCUGCAUUCCAUAUAAGUCCCAAAUGGUAAAAAUGAAGGAAUAUUAAGUCAGACCAAACCAAAUCAAAUCAAACCAAACUUUCGCUAUUUUGAUAGGGUGCCACUCUCCAACUUACAAACGCGGCCGCUUUAACAAACUCUUCAAUCAACUUUCAAACCGCCGCCUGUUAUGGCGGGAGAGGUUUCGUCUGAAUGAACACUCUGCAAGAUAGUAAGUAAACUAAACCAAAAACAUUUAAGAACUGAACAUAAAAGCCAAAGUUUACAAUUCCUGUCUAGAUAAUUCAUUUUGAGCAUGAAAAGACUCAGUUUAAUCUUAGGAUAUUCCGUAGGAAGAGUGUACAAAUCGACCACUCCAUACGGAUGUUAUAUAAUGAUACUAUUCUUAUUCAGGAAGCUUUCGCCUGGACUUAGUUUUCACCGUAUGACAUCUUUUCCCGACAAUGCAAAAAUGUAAAAUAAUUAUUUGAAAACAUUUAAGCACUCUAUAUACACACUUACAUUAUCCUUCCUUGAGAAGACGUAUUUGUCAAAAUAAACAGUCAGAUAAUUUAACAGGUGUUCUUAGGAAAUUCUACUUUUCUAUUUUUUCUGAAUUUGUAAUUUUCAGAUUGUCAAGGAUAUUGUUUUGACUGUACCUGCUCUGAUUGAGCUAGCCUUAUUAGACUUUUUUUGUCUCGUUAUUUAGAGAUGGCUUUUUAGUUACAAUGGACAUUGCCUUUGGCGAAUUCAUGCAAUGCCACGCACUUUCAUUUAGAAUCUUUUUCUCCAGAUUCUUCUCCACAACGUUUAACGUACUUGAAUUCUCUUUAUUAUUGAGUUAAAUCUUAAAUGGUUUUUUUUAAACAAGGGAGGGAAUAUUAAAGCUAAAACAAUAAGCAAUUCGAAGUCUUUUUUAAGCUGUAGUAAGAAAGAGAGAAUGGAGGUAUAUCUCUGUUUUUUGAAACAAUUAAUCAGCAUAGAGAGUUUUAUAAUAGCCGUAUUAUGAGUCAGCAUUAAAUGACGUCAAACCUGAUACGAUUUAUUCAUCUCUGCAACCACCUGCUGUUUCAGUGUGGUAAACGAAGUACAGCAAUGAGAAAGAGAAAUAUAAAUUUAAAAUAAAAAUAAAACAUCCAUUCAGUAUUUGAAAGAAAAAUGCAACCAACACUAAGCACUGGAAAGAGUGUAUAACCCCUAGUGGGGGACGUCAUAAAAUUGACAGCAAAAUUGAUUUCUCUUUUGACAUAACAAGCCAGCAAUUUUGAAAGGGUACUCAAUUUUGGAAAGUUCAUUGGGUUGUAAAGAAAUGACAUUCUAAAUAUCACUAAUGUUUCUACAAAUAGUAUCUAAUAUCUCUUUAAUGCUGAUGACCAGUCACUAUUCUAUCACCAACUAUAGGCCGGCCAUCUUGGUUCUACCUAUCGACGUUUCCAUAUUUCUAGAGAGUCAUUUAUAAUCGCUUGCAUUUUCUCUGUGAUAACCAGUUCGGUUUCACAACUGAAAACCACUCUGCGACGCUUGCCUUGAUUAAUUUGUAUGAUAAAAUUUCGUCUGAUUUGGAUCGUGGUGAACUAGCGGCUCACAUCGUCUUAGAUCUCUCGAAAGUUAUUGAUGCAGUUAAUCAUCCCUUUUUUUGAACAUUAUGGCAUGCGUGGCUUUGCUCUUUUAUGGAUAAAGAACUAUUUCUCUAACAGACUUCAGUUUGUAUAGAUUACACCGAACAUUUAUCUUCUCAUGUCAAUACUGCAGUGUGUGGCGUUCCCCACAGUCGUAUUCUAUGACCUUUCAGUUCUGUUUACAUCAACGAUAUAAUCAACAUCUUCAUUAUUACAACUGAUCUUAUUUGCUGAUGAUGCCAAUGUUUUCGGAAUCUUUUCUGUCCGCUCACAGAGAUAAAGGCGACUUUGAUAACAUAAUGAACACUGACCUGAAUAAGUUGUCAAUUUGCUUUUAAGUUAACUGGCACGUUCUCAUGAAAUCUGAAAACAAUGCCAAACUAGAAACAUAUAAAUCAUAAUAUUCAACUCAUAAUAGGUGGCCAAAAUAUCUGAUCAGGUAAAGAAACAGUUUUUCAGGGAGUAAUCAUGGAUAAAAGUUGCAGUUAUACACAACAUAAAUGAAAACUUUGAUACAGGGACAUUUGGUCCAAACCUCCCUUAUUACAAGCUUAAUAAUAAUAAUAAUAAUAAUGAUAAUAAUAAUAAUAAUAAUAAUAAUAAUAAUAAUUAUUAUUAUUAUUAUAAUUAUAAUAAUAAGGUGGCAGGCCACUUGGAGCAACUAGGAAUUAAAAACCGAACAAGAACGAUGCAAAAGUCGGCACUCCUCGGAUCGGCACAUAUCCUCAGGAAGGUGCUGGAAGUCUGAGGUCUCGGGAUGAGACUUGACUGGAUAUUUCUCCCCAGGGAAAAUCCCUGUGCUAAAUUUUACAUAAUAAUAAUAAUAAUAAUAAUAAUAAUAAUAAUAAUAAUAAUUAUUAUUAUUAUUAUUAUUAUUAUUUAUUGCAGAUGAGUAUCCAACAAAGUGAGGCUCUUCAUCUACAAUUUCUACAUUAUAAAUCUACUCUAAGAAAGAAACAUUAAUAUUAAAAAAACAAACCAAAACAAAACAAAAACAAAAAAACAAUGGUUCCUCUUAGCGAGCAAGGACUAAUUAAUGUACGUCCCUCACUCGCACCUGACUUCGUGUACGAGUGUCUAAUGAACACAAUAAUUUAUAUUUUGUUAUACCUUUAUAAUCGUCAGCUUCUACUUCUUUUGUUGGCAGGUUACUCCUUAAGUAAUCUUAAAUGCUGAUUCUUUGUUUACUCAGCAAUAGAUGUAAAAUGUAAAUUCAGGAUCUUUUACUAGUGAAUAGAACUUUUCAAAAUUUAGAAAACUCUGUUUUCUUUUCAUGAUAACUUAUUUUUUGUUUAAUUUUUUUUUUUCGAAAAGCGUCGCGGUUUUCGUCUAUUUUUCCUUUCUAGCAUUAUUAGCAUUCAAACUGUUAACAAAAAGGCUAUCGCAGAUUCUUAAUUUUUACGUUAUUAAUUCCAUACUUUUGCCGGAAAAUAAAUUAAAAUCUUUGUUCCCUAAGUAAAUACCGACCUUAUAGCCUAUGUGAAAACGAGCGCUUAUGUGUCAUUUUCAAUGUUGUACGAGCUUGGUUCCACAAACAGGUUAUCAACAGAAGACGCUUCUAUCUUCAAUCGAAAAUCAGCCUUUUUGGGUUGCGAGAAGGCAACCUUGUUUGGAAAAGUGCUUUUAAAUUUCUAAGCUUGUUUCUGUUGUUCAAACAAAUUAUAAAUCACAAGAAGUCUAUAACCGUGCACUGCAGCACCUCGAUUUCAAGGUACAGGCUUUUGACGUGUAGUACUUAGUUAAUUUUUUACGGUCUAGAAAGAUAGGUAUAUAAUCGAGGCUGCACCUUUUACAACAGUUUAUGAUAUUCUCCCAGGGUUUUUUUUGACUAUGUAAACCCAUAGCUAGCUAAUUUUUUAUAAACUUCUUUGCUAAGGAAAAUAAGAAAAAUCGAGUUGAUCCUUUUUUGAAGGCGCGCGCGUGACUUACUGUACUUUGUUGUUUAAAGCAGAAGACAGGUUAUCUAAGAGAGACAUGCGUGGAGACACUUUUGCUGCUCAUUAAAAGCUUUUAUUUGAAACAAAAUUGCUAUAAAGCUCGCGUGUUGAUCGUAAACACUGGCUCAAAAACAAACAAAAACAAUUGUUUUAGUGUGAAAAAGUAAAUAGUGGGUUCUAGAAAGUUAUGAUAAGGAUAGAGGUUGUCAAGUCCUUUCUCGCUAUUCAUCAAUUUACUGUGAAAUUCGAACACUGUUUCUCGACUUAUGACCGCACAAAUAAAAGAAGAAUAAAUAAUAGAAAAAUAUCUGACACUUAAGCAUGGAAGAAAUGAUCAUAACAAAACAAUAUUCUUUGAGAAGAACAAAACGGAGUGUGAUGAAUAAGCUGAAGUUACUGGUUCUUAUCUACAGAACUGGCUUUACUCCCAUUCAUUUGAACAACUGAUAUUAUUUUACGCUAACAAAGGGUAAUGUGUUUUUUCUAGAAUGUUUACGUGGCUCCUUCCGAAAUAGAAGGAGUUUAAAAUGACACGUUUUGGAAGAAACACUUUUAAUGCAUUGCUGCCGUCCGGCCUGUUGUGUCAGUUUACUAGGAUUAAUUUCAAGUGUUAAUACUCCGAGCCACUAAAAGCUAUUUAAUAAUUUUCGUUUUCUUUUACACUUAAGCAGUUUAGUAAAAUACAGAAAACCUUUGCCAAAAAAAUAAAGAAAUGCUUAAGAAUAGAAGCAAUUCAUGUUUUAUUACUGCGCAUGUGCAAAGACAAAAAAAAAUCGUGUUUUGAUUUUUUUUAAGUUAAUCUUUUUUAUGUCAAAUGCGGCCCAUUUAAAUCCUUCCAGCGAGCAGUCACGAACGAUAAAAGAUCACGUCAGUUUUAUUAAUUUAUUUUGAAUUGUCGGGCCCUCCGUAAAGCUGAGAAAAUAUAGAAACUAACUAUAAUCUCUUAGAUCGAACCGCGCAGAAAAAUCCCAUACAAUUUGUCAAUCAAUUUCGCAGAAAACAGAUUCAAAAGAUAAUUUAUUUUAAUUGAAAAAUCCAGGAUGUACGUCACUCAGUUUUCUGGAGUUAUCUGUUUUCCUGAUGUAUGCAAUUAGUUUGUUCAACAUUAUUCAAUUUGAUUUUACGUUCACUUAUAAAUAGGUUAUGUGGCGCUGUAAUUAUAAUAAUCAGGGCGCCCCAUACCUCUUUGCAGAAACAUCGGUGCCCAUUUCACGCAUCACGAAUGUUCUUUAACGUUCACGCAUCACGAAUCACGAAUACAUUAAAAGGAAUGAUGCGACCCUUAACAUUACAUUUCACGUUAAAGUAUCUGGAAACCUGAAUUAUAGCGAUGCAGUGAUUACAAAAGGUGUUAGGAAGACCCUUCCUUGAUAAUUACAGAGCCAAUUAUAGGUAAGACUAAGUAACCAUGGGAUAUUUUCAACACCUAACUAAGGCCCCGGUUUAAGAAAUCAUUCGGGACCUCCAUAGAUCUCUUCCUAAGUGGGUUACUUUAAGGAGAUGAUUGCUUUCCUAGUCUACACUCACAUACCCGCUAACAGAGGCCUCUUUUCCUGCUUUUGUGAACUGAACUGUUCACCGCGAUAACAAUGAUUAGAUAAUAGCGUUUGGCAGAAUGAAUAUAUGGCAUAAAACGCGGUUUUGUUUAACAGUAGCUAAACUUGAUUGUUCCUAGUAGGAAUUGAACCGAAAUUAGUGAAUUAACGUACCGUAUACGUACGUUAUAUACCCGUACGUUAUACCGCUGACUCGAGUCAAAGUGUUUCCAUCCGAUAUCCAGAGACCGAAGAAGUUGGUUGCAAAACCCAUUUUUUGAACUUCGGCUUUGAACUUUUUUGACAUUCUAGAGCUUGGCAAAUGAACAAGAAUUCUUGAAAAUUCCUAGCUAAAGAUCGCAAACCUUUUAUGGUAAUUUGGCAAAUUAGUAUCCGAUUGCAAUCGAUUUUCAUUCGAUGGCAGUCUGAUUCGAUGGUGAUAUCUUUGUUUUCUUCAAACCGAUUACGUAAAUCAAUGAGUUUGGGAAUUAUUUUUACGUUCACUUAAAAGGAGGAAUCGAACUGGCAAAAUAAAGGGAGUGUUGCAAAUGGGAUUGAUUACCAUUAAAGUGUUUUGUGUGGGUUUCCUGUUUUUUAAUACUUGUAGAUAGCUCCUCAUUAAAGGUUUUCGAGGCAUUCGCUGGUUUUAAUCGGAAUAAUCUCGCAAAUGGUCCAACGUUUUUCUAAACAUUUUUGUGACGCCUUUUCAGUAUUCUAAUCUGACCGAUUAUGGGAAACAACCAAUCACAGAGCGCAUAGUAUUCCACGAGUACACUAUAUACACUGCAUAUACAAGCGGCAACAUGGAAUCUAUUUGCAAAAUGGUUAGGAAAACUUGUUUGCAGUCCUGCCAGGGCCCAUCAAGCUAUAGGCUUCAUUAAACUUUGAUCUAAGACUCGGAGUACGUGUUACGAGGGUGUUUUUCAAGUGUGUUGUUUUUAGAAGGUGAAAGGAUAUUUCAUGAUCGAUGAGAGUCAGUUCAGUUGAAAAGCACUCUCCAAAUUGUGAAGGAUGUAGAUGCCAAGGGUUUUAUUUAUACUCUUUUAUUCUACUUUUAGAACUGAAAACGUUUUCUUGAAAACUUGUUAUCUAUUGCUCUGUUAUAAACCCUUAGAGGAAACGAAAAACAUGAAAAUGGACUGAUCCGGUUUCUGCGAUCUUUUAAGAUAAGGAAGGUAAAACAUUUUUAUACAUACUAUAACUAAGUCACGCAAACGGUUUUCUCCGACAAAGAGUCUCCAAGGAGAAUGGAAGCAAUCUUGAAAGCAUCGAUUGCACUGAGGCGUCGCGCCGACCAAUGUUUGUUUGCUUCUGCACUCUUAGAUUGCUUCUUUCUAGUCACAAGAAUAAGAUAAGGAAAACAGAACUUGAAGAAAAGUUUACUGAUACAUUAAAUGUCAUCGAAGUGGUCAGUGUUGUUGAGACGUAUCAAAGUGACCAAAACAACAUAACGUUUAAACGUUACUCACAACGGUACUGGAACAAACUUCGCUUUGCAGUAGAGAUUACAGGUAACUCAAUACGGAUUACACUGUAAGAGACUAAUAUUCGGCACGGAAAACAGUUCAGUACCGUAUAUUGGUGUGUGGGAAGUUUCCAAUUUUUGAACCGGGUGGAAAAUCUGUUUCGGUAAUAGUGGACAAGAGACAAUGAACUAGACAAUAACGUUUUUUGAUUAAACUUUAGAGACGUUAUAAAAGGUCUCAAAAGAUACUGAACAAGGGUUUUGCUUCGAUAUAUCAGAACGACUCUGUUAAAAAUUUAACCUUUUUUCCCUGUUUUUGAACAAAAGUGAUUACCGGUCAUUCGAUCCGGAUUAAAAGUCCAACAACGCACGGAUAUAAGUACAUAACCGUAAAAUUAUGUGGAAAGUUUUUUUUAUCAGGAGGGUUUGACUUUAUCAUGUCAAUUUUUUUUUUUUAGAAAAUAACCCAUAGUCGGUAAGUACUUUAACAUGCACUAACAGGUAUACGAAGAUCCACCGCUAGGAAAAAAAAAAGAAAAAAAGCUGUUCUACUCGAGGUCAGAACAAAGGUUAAUGAACUUAAUAACUAUUUUCUCUAAACCAUCCCGGAUAAAAAAGCAAAAAUCGCUGCCGAAUUUCACAGUUUGUCAGCUUUUACUGUACUGCUCACGUUGUAAAAAAAAAAUCUGUUUAUUGCCGUGGACAAAGAGAAACGCUUUCCUUGCCUCCAGCUCGAAACAAGUGGACCGAGAAGGAGUACACAUGUAGGCUUCAAGGAGUAAGUCUGGGACCAAACACAGAUUUUGCUGCACCCGGUUUAAUGCUCAAUUCUAGUCUUCUAAGAACAUGUCUGAGGUAUACCGGGUCAACUACAUAGACAAGACAAGUAUAACUAGUUGUGAUGUUGUCUCGGCCGUUUUUUCUACCGAGGUCCUUUUUGUGGCCUUUCGCCUCAACACACAAGUCAAACCGGAAAUCAAACGGAAAAAAAAUCAAAAGAAACCGGAGAAGAGGGGUUCAUACGCGAUAUCAUAUCUUGCUCGACAUUUGCAAUAUUUUAAAACUGUCGGCGAACCGACCGCGCUGGAGAUAAAUAAAGAGUACAAAUUCGGUGGACAACUUUUUGUAUAACGGUGUUUCAUGACCAUUUCGUUGAAAAAUCAAAGACCCCGGCUAUUGAUAGUUUGUGGAACUAAUGGCCAUUAUCGAAAAAUUCAUGCCAGUUCAUAUAUUUUAAGAUCUAAUUUUAGUAUGGUAUCCAAGCCGUUUUGAUUUUGACAGAUAACACGUCCACAUCUUAACGCACUCUUAAUCUGUAGCUUAAAAUAAUAAACACGCAGAAGUCUCUGUCCUUCAGCAUAAAAUAUGGCCAUAUGUUUUGGCUUGACUGCUCCCAACUUAAUUUAUAAUCAGUGACGAGUCAGUAACAUCACAAGUGUGUCAUGUACGAAGUGAAAGAUGGAACAGCUAGGAAAAGUGAAGAAUAUAUACACAAAGCAAACUGUAAGUGAAAACAUUAAUUUGUGAUGAACGACUUAUUAAACGUUAUUAUGUAACUUAUUAUGUAAGAUACAAAGGCCACUGAUCGAUCUCUACUGGUGAUUUGAACCGAAAAAAAAAAGAAAGAAAAAAAAAGCCUUCCACAUGACAUUCACCGUUAUUUCUUUUCAACACAUAAAAGCUGUUUCAUGGCGAAAAGCCUCCAUUCAAUUUUUCCAAUACUCCUAGAACGUUCAGUUAAUCCCACCGCCCCUUUUAUACGGGCCUCUUAAUUACACCAGCCGAAUGAAAGGAAGAUCUACAUGCUAUCAGUUUCAACUAGCUGCUUUGCAUAAGUGAUAACCAAGUCAGUAUUAUAUAUUUUCCGUGGAAUUCAGUGUAGUUUAACAAAGUCUGUUAGCAGUAUCCAGUCAGACCUGCUAAGGCUACAAGCCUCAAAUGUUAUUUUUACAGUUUUACUCUGGAUCAGCGUCAGUACUAGGUAUACGUGUCCAAGGGGUGUGUUUGAAUUGUGAUGUUCAUUUGAUGUUGUUUUCGCACGGUCAAAGUAACAUUUCACAACCUAACUUUCUUCAAAUGAAAUGUGUAAAGUGAAGCAUUUUAUUUCUGUUCACUUGUAAAAAGUCUGAGUUUUGAGGGCUGGGCAACUUUCCUUUCAAGGCAAACAAUUAAACAAACGUAAAUAAGACGAAUGUUGCUGUAAUAUGAGGGUCAUUCCACGAGGUAAAUAACUCUUGUCUAUCUCUUGAGUCAAGGCAUACUUCUAUGACUAAUGACGUGGACAAUAAUAGCUAAUAAUUUAAUGCCAUUAUAAAGACAAAAUUCUACUGAUUCUUUCAACAUAGGUUUUUGUAUGAGUUCAUUAUUUAGCUAUUUUAUUCCUUACUUUUUACCUUACAUUCAAGCAUUCGCGCGCUUUUCAUAAUUCGUUAAAAGCUGCCGUCUAGUAUCCGCACGUUUAUCAAUUUUUUUAAAGAUGUUAUCUAUCUUGUAUCCGGGUUGAAGUGCUGAUUGUACAUUAAUGAACGGUCGAUCGAGUUCAAACCUUUGGGCCACGACUUCCUCUUUUGACUACUUGGCGUGCAAGAGUCCACGCCUAUUUCAUUUGAAAACACUGAAUUUUGUUGCAGAUACUAUGCUUAGUUCGGACCUAUUCACAUCGUGUUUUCAUUUAAAAUGUGUAUCUACUUUUCGUGCCGAAACUGGUUCUGCCCGCUAGGCUUUGUCCUUUAACGGCUUCCUUGACAUCUCGGCGGAAACCCGCGCGCAGAAACGCACGUACUAAACAGUUACCUUUAGUUAUCUUUCCUUGCUUUCGUUUGAUUUCUCAAAUUGCUGAAUGUUCAACUGUUUUCCUUUUGAUUUUGCGCAAGCAGACGCUUCGGUUAUUACAUGUAGCACCUUGUUAGAUCAUUAUUUACUAAUAUCAAGAGUUAAUGGGUUUUGCCUUUCGCCGUGUGUGGUUUACUGUUUUCAAGGAUCUCUUGCCGCGAUGUCUAGGAAAGCUGCACUGACCAUCAUCGGCAAAACAACAAGAAGAAUAACCACUGUAUUUUACCACAGAGACCACAAAAAGUAGUCACAUUUUAAAAAGAUGAAUAACAUGGGUACUACAUAACCUUAUGGGGAAAACAUUUGUCGGGCGACUGGUACAAAUGUCCUCACACAGUUGUUUAACUCGUCUUAUCCCUCUUCUUAACUUGGGCUGACACGUACCCAGGUGCUUCUUAGGAUUUUCGACGGUAGUCGCAGCCAGAGAAUCAUGGGAAAGCUUCAAAAACGCAAAGGCACAAGGGAAGGCUCCUGUUUUUUGUCCUUCCCGUGACCCCUUGCUACCAGCGUUGUAUCUUGCUCUUACACCACUAUAAACGUCUGAACAACAUGAGAGGUACAGUGGAACCUCGAUUUACCGAACCUUUAUAUAACGAAGUCCUCGGUAUAACGAACGAUUUUCUUUACCCCAGUAAUAGUAAAAUAUAUGAAAAAGGACCUCGAUAUAACGAAACCUUGUUAUAGCGAUCAUACUUGCCAGUCCCUUGGCCCUUCGUUAUUUCGAGGUUCCACUGUAUAUUUUCGACCCGGCGCUUAUUCGGGGCCCUGGGUUUAAUCAAGAAAAUGCGGUACAGUAAAAACCCGCGAGUAAGAAACUGACAAUUAAGAACCUGUUAGCCUAAAAUUUGCCAUUUAUACCCGCCAUAAACAAGAACCUGUUUAGCCUAGAACAUGAAAAACAGGUUCUUAUUUUUUAAAAUCAUAUUAGUGAAAUGCAGCUGUAAAGCUGUGCAAGAAUCCUGUUUGGAGAAAUGGCAUUGCCGUGCAAAUAAGUGCGAAUUUAUUGAUGUAAUAAAAAAUAAAGUGCAAGAGGUUAAUAUUGUUGUAUUGUAGCAAUAAAUCAGCAUAUUAUGCAGUCUAUUUAAGAACCUAAAUAGCCUCAAAUUGUAAAUAUAUAAAACUGUUCUAGUGAGACCUUAAACUGCUGUUUAAAAAGUAAAAACUAAAAUCCAAGCUUUCGCCGAUCCACGGCAUCAUCAGGGAUGAUGGCGUUGAUCGGCGAAAGCUUGGAUUUUAGUUUUUACUUUUAAACAGCAGUUUAAGGCCUCACUAGAACAGUUUUAUAUAUAUUUUUAUGUUCCGUUUAACAUUAUGAUGAAAAAAAAUAAUAAUUAAUAAUAAAAAAUAAAAAUUAUGAUUGAAAAAACGCAAAUUGUAGGAGCAAACGCAGAAAAUUCGAUCUCAAAGCUGCUUUAAACGCAAAACAUUUAAUUAAAGACUCAGUUUUACAGACAAAUGGUCUCUAAGCAACACAAGAGAGAAUAAUAAAUAGAUAAAUAAAUUAUUCUCUCUUGGUAACAAAGGCAUUAAUUUUUCUCGUUCCCAUUGUUCAAACCAGUAUUAUCAAGGCAAAGAUCAACAAGUCCUUAAACAAAGAGAGAUUGAAAUGCUUCGUAUUACAGCUAACUACUGCUGACCUGAGUGAACCAUGAAUUUGAUCAGCAUAUAAAAUUCAAUUAUUUACUGAAAAUUUCUUCUACUCAGUUUAUUCGCUAUAUAGCUUGUAGCUUCCAUACAAGUGUGUCUAUUAUCUUUUCAAUGCAUUAUGUACAGCCGGAUUAGAAGGUUCGUUAAUUGUUUUAUAAUAUAAGCCUUCGCUAAUUAACAAAAUCUUUUCAAGGAAGAUUAUGUGUCUUAACUGUUUUUUUUUUGUGACCAAUUCUCAAGAGUAUAAGAGAUCAGUAUCUCUGCAUUAGAUAUAAAUCAAUAUUUUCAUAAAUUAUACAUUGUCCUUGAUCCAACUGUAUUUUUUCUUGUAGGUGAAAACAAACAUCUCAUGGCUGGGAUUUGAGGUUUAAAGCAAGAUUUCACAAUUUUUAAAAGAAAUGAGCAAUAAUUCAACCUUGGUUUUGCCGCCUAGUACAUCAUCGUCAAGCGUUGCUUCGACUUUGCCGCACGACGGGGUAGAAAUAAUUGUUUCUACUGUAGUUUAUGUAUUGUUAGCGUUGCUAAUAAUUCUGGGCAACAUGCUCGUUAUCAUAGCCGUCAGCUCAUACCAAAGACUGAGAACUAUCAACAACACAUUCCUAGUUGGACUGGCCGUAUCUGACCUCUUAGUCGGCUUGAUGUCGAUCCCAUUAUGGAUUUAUUUCUCGUACUGCCAGCAGUAUCGAACCUGCGGAUAUAGCACAGAGAUGCUGACGUUCUAUUCCACGGUAGACAUAUUCACAGGCUCUGCUUCGGUUUUGCAACUCACAGCUAUCAGCAUUGAGCGCUAUUUGGCCAUUACUCGCCCUCUCAACCACCGCUCUUAUUCUAUGUGGAUCUAUUACGCCAUGAUAACAGCAGCGUGGGUCUUUGCAUUCAUGAUAGCUGGUCUGUAUCCCGUGCAGCAUAACAAGUGGCAGAAACCCUACAGUGUCAUCCUUGUCACAACGUGCUUUGUCAUCCCCGCUUUGGUGAUACUGACCGUCUAUGCGAUCAUCUUCCAGACAGCGAGAGGAACUCAGCGCGCAAGGGUCCAUCCAGAAGAAGCAGCCAAUUGCAACAGACGUGCUCAAAAUGAGACAAAGAUAGCGGCAACUAUUGCCGUCAUUACGGGAUUGUUCAUCAUUGCAUGGCUCCCUUUCUUCGUUGUCAAUUUAGUUGCGGAGUUUUGUCUACCCUGCUUGCCUCCUUACCCUGAUAUUCUAAGACUGAUUCGAUUUGUAAAGUGGAUGCACUAUUCAAACAGUAUGGUAAACCCGCUGGUUUACGCUUAUCGAAAUACAGAAAUGCGAAAGACCUUUAAGAAGAUUCUACUGUCUUGCUUUUGUUGUAAUCGAAGUGGCAAUAACGGUUUUGUUACGUCGGUGAGGACGGGAAGACAAAGUCGACAUGUAAAUCUCCCCGAACCUUCAAGGAACCGCAACAGACGAUUAAACAAUGAUAGUAUUCGGUCCCAAAGAAGUUCAUCCAAGUCGGGGAAAGGGUUGAAAUACAGCCACGAUUCUCUUCGAAACGGUCCUUUUUUGGUCACACCUCAGCCACGGGGACAUUUGUCACUUUAA